UUAUAUGUAAUUUUACCUAAGAAAUAUAGUAUAUAUGAAGUGUUUGAUUUUUAUAACCCUUAUUGGGAUGUUUAUAUUCCAAUGCUUUGCAGCAAAAGGACCUUUGAUUACGAAUAUUGUGUUUUUUGAUGUUGAGUAUGGUGGAAAAUAUCUUGGUAGAAUUGAAUUUGGAUUAUAUGGAAAAACUGUUCCUAGAACUGUAGAAAAUUUCAGAGUACUUUCUACUGGCGAAAAAGGAUAUGGAUAUCAAGGAUCUAAAUUUCAUCGUGUGAUCAAGAAUUUUAUGAUUCAGGGUGGUGACUUUACUCGUGGCGAUGGUACGGGAGGUAAAUCAAUUUAUGGAGAUAAAUUUUCGGAUGAAAAUUUUAAAUUGCGUCAUAGAAAACCCGGUAUUUUAUCUAUGGCUAAUGCUGGAAAGGAUACAAAUGGCAGUCAAUUCUUUAUUACAACUGUUGAAACACCAUGGCUUGAUGGGAAGCAUGUGGUAUUUGGAGAGGUUAUUAAUGGUUUUGAUAUUGUUAAGAAAAUCGAGGGCUGUAAAACAACUUAUAAUGAUAGGCCAGAAGUUGAUAUUGUAAUUAUAAAAUCAGGUGAACUUCAUGUAAAUGAGCCUUUUCAUAGAGAAUUAUAG